AUGAAGAAGAACACUCGGCGACAACUCUAGAAAGCAUUCAACUGCGUUUUGUUUUCUUUUCUGCAAGCGUCGCAUUAACACCAAUUUCUAAACACAGGUACGCGAUUUCGGAUCUAUCUUUCACCAGAACUGCGUCAAACCUGGCAGAAGACCUCUCACCAGCGCCCAAGGAUUCUAAAUCUGGCUGAAACAGCUGGGUAAGAGCCCAGCCGUGCCAAACAAAGGAACCCCGCACACACACAGCGAGUGGGUAGCGCGAGUGCGAGCGAGAGAGCCAGCUGGCUAGAGCGAGAGGGGCAACAGCAGAAUGGGACGCAUUUUUCUGGAGCACCUUGGUGGCCUGAAGCUCUUCAAUUGCGCCCAAUGCCACACUAACCUGACCAACCGAACCCAGCUGAUCAGUACGCGAUUCACAGGCGCCACCGGACGUGCCUAUCUGUUCAAGCGUGUGGUGAACCUGACCUUCAGCAACAUCCAAGAACGAGUGAUGCUCACCGGCCGUCACAUGGUCCGCGACGUUAUGUGCAAAAACUGUGGUGCCAAGCUGGGCUGGAUGUACGAGUUCGCCACCGAGGAGUCGCAGAAAUACAAAGAGGGCCGAGUUAUCUUGGAGUACGCCCUCAUUACCGAGGCUGAGGGCUUUCCCUCCGAAGCCCCCAGCACAAGUCAUUGAACGAAACAUGGACGAAGCGGACAACCCGAGAUCCAGAGAAGAACCACGCAUUGGCAAACCGUGUGUAGCCCUAAGUAUUGAGUAGCAAGCCACUGUGGAUGGCUGCUAUGCAUUAACCUAGUUUAGAGAUCGCCGUGCUCGUUACCGAUCUGGUGUUCGUUACCGGCCCCUGACCCGGACCCGUAUCCGUAUCCGAGUUCGGAUUCGACGGUCUUGUCUUAACGUUAACGUUACUUAACGUAGUUGUAGGCAUACCUAGCACAUAAGCAGCUGCGGCGCACGAUUCUAACAUAAACUCUCAUGAGGCUGAACUGCUAGAAACGAUGAGGAUAAGGUCCUGUUCCAGUUGCCCAUCACAACUGAUCACAAUUGUGUCUUUUUCAAACAAGAUCUCUAGACCGUAAUCAAUCACCAAUCAAUCAGCAAUAAAGUACCACAAUAAUCGAAUAGUAA